AACCAUAACCUCAUUGAAAAAAAUAAUUUUGUUCGUGUUCAAAUAAGUCAUUUUGAAAAUUUGGUAGAACAAGAACUUCUCUAACUUCUCUAUUCAUAGACUGUUUUUUUUUUUCAAUUUAACUCUUAUUUAAAAACAUGAAACGUAGUCUUACUUUUGUAACAGGGAAUGCUAAAAAAUUGGAAGAAUUGAAACAGAUACUUGGAUCGUCUUUCCCCAUAGAUAUUAUAAGCUCUAAGAUUGAUUUACCGGAGUUACAAGGAGAGAUAGAUGAAAUUUGUAAAAAAAAAUGUUUGGAAGCUAGUUCAAUGGUGAAAGGUCCAGUAAUUGUAGAAGAUACGUGUCUCUGUUUCAAUGCUCUCAAAGGAUUACCUGGUCCAUAUAUUAAAUGGUUUUUAGGUAACCUAGGACCAGAAGGGUUAUUUCGACUUCUUGCAGGUUUUGACGACAAAACUGCACAAGCUAUAUGUACUUUUGCAUAUCAUUCAGGUAAUGCACUUGAAGAAGUUGUAUUAUUCAAAGGAAUUACUGAUGGUACGAUUGUAAAUCCAAGGGGGUCUAGAGAGUUUGGAUGGGAUCCUUGUUUUCAACCUGAAGGCUUUAACCAAACUUAUGCUGAAAUGCCAAAAGAAGAGAAAAAUAAAAUAUCUCACAGAUUUAAGGCUUUAGAUUUACUUAGAAAUUAUUUCACCAAAGAAUCAAAUGUAAUUAAAAUCUGAAAUACAUGAAAUAUAAUUAGA